AUGUCUGGAGACCAAACCUCGGUGGCUCUGGCGGGGUCUCCACCGAGAACACCUUUGACCCCUGGCUCCCCCCCAGCCGGGGUGGAGCAUGAAGAAGGGGUCACCGAGGAUGAUGGGUCUCCACCGAGAACACCUUUGACCCCUGGCUCCCCCCCAGCCGGGGUGGAGCAUGAAGAAGGGGUCACCGAGGAUGAUGGGUCUCCACCGAGAACACCUUUGACCCCUGGCUCCCCCCCAGCCGGGGUGGAGCAUGAAGAAGGGGUCACCGAGGAUGAUGGGUCUCCACCGAGAACACCUUUGACCCCUGGCUCCCCCCCAGCCGGGGUGGAGCAUGAAGAAGGGGUCACCGAGGAUGAUGGGUCUCCACCGAGAACACCUUUGACCCCUGGCUCCCCCCCAGCCGGGGUGGAGCAUGAAGAAGGGGUCACCGAGGAUGAUGGGUCUCCACCGAGAACACCUUUGACCCCUGGCUCCCCCCCAGCCGGGGUGGAGCAUGAAGAAGGGGUCACCGAGGAUGAUGGGUCUCCACCGAGAACACCUUUGACCCCUGGCUCCCCCCCAGCCGGGGUGGAGCAUGAAGAAGGGGUCACCGAGGAUGAUGGGUCUCCACCGAGAACACCUUUGACCCCUGGCUCCCCCCCAGCCGGGGUGGAGCAUGAAGAAGGGGUCACCGAGGAUGAUGGGUCUCCACCGAGAACACCUUUGACCCCUGGCUCCCCCCCAGCCGGGGUGGAGCAUGAAGAAGGGGUCACCGAGGAUGAUGGGUCUCCACCGAGAACACCUUUGACCCCUGGCUCCCCCCCAGCCGGGGUGGAGCAUGAAGAAGGGGUCACCGAGGAUGAUGGGUCUCCACCGAGAACACCUUUGACCCCUGGCUCCCCCCCAGCCGGGGUGGAGCAUGAAGAAGGGGUCACCGAGGAUGAUG